AUGAGGCUGUCACUCCGAAUUUGUGCGGCUGCAGCACUUAUUGUCCUCACAAUCGUCCUAUUCAAUCGCAGCCUGAGGACCGAGAGCAAACAUCUUAAGGAUCUCUUGCAUUUCGACACGGGCUCUUUCAAAAACCCUCUGCAACCGAAAAUCGAGGACGAAUCCAACCCUCGCCGGAAAUGGCGGGUCGCAUCGGAUAAUAAACCCGCCUUGGUUUACCAAACCACUGACAUCGAGGUACCAAACCAGGGCGCCAUUGUUAUUGGAAAGCUGAAGGAGGAAGAUACUUCCUGGGUCUCGGGCGAAUUGGCGGAAUGGCACGGAAUUAUCUACACCGUUGACGACACCAAUAUCCCCAUGCACACACCCAAGAACAAAGGUCGCGAGGCCCUCCCCUACCUUCAAUUCCUGGUCGACCAUUAUGACGACCUCCCCGAAGUCGUUGUUUUCCUGCACGCCCACCGUGACGGCUGGCCCGCCGGCUGGCACAUCGACACUAUGGAUCUCAGCAACGUGGACUCUGUGCGCGCACUGCAGAAGGACUUCGUCAAACUCGAGGGCUUCGUCAGUCUUCGCUGCCAGCUCAGCCCCGGUUGUCCAGAUGCUAUCCAGCCCUUCCGCCAGCCCCCGAAGAUGGAAAACCCCGGCGAGGCCCACUACGCUACGGCGUGGAAGGCGCUUUUCCCCAAUGAGAGAGUCCCCGCGGAAAUCGCCGCCCCGUGCUGUUCGCAGUUUGCGGUUUCCAAGGAGCAGAUCCUCAAACGCCCUCACUCCGACUACAAGCGUAUGUACGACUGGGUGAUGAACAAUGACCUGCCCGAUGAAGUGACCUCCAACAUCAUGGAGUAUUCAUGGCACAUUAUCUUCGGCAAGGACCCUGUCUUCUGUCCGGAUAUGUUCCAAUGCUACGCAGACGUCUACGGCGAACAAGUCGUCUUCAACUAA